UGGUACUAUAUUCUUUCGAAAGUAUCUAAUGAUGGUUAGGAGAGCGAAUGCGAGACGUUUUUAUUAGAAAAUUUGAAGUAUUGUAUAUUUAUGGUGAAUUACGGAAAUAUUUAUGUGUUUGAAACAAGUAUGAUGGAUGAUAUUCACAUGAAUUCGACAAUUACAAUUGAAAAAUUCGAAGAAGAGGUAGUUAAAUUAGACUCGAGUUUCAACGCCAACGAGAUCAUUUGUCUUGAUAAUCAGAGUUAUAAAUCGAGAAAUGCCAAUAAAUGUUUCUCUUCUGAUUAUAUUAAUGCUGAUAGUGGAGUUGAUGAUAUGAUUAAGACCGAUGUUAACACCAAUGAAGAUCCAUCAUCGUUACAACUUAAUGAUAUCACUUUAAAACCUAUUUUUAAGGUUAUGUUCCGUGAUGAGAGUAUUUCACGGCUAUAUCGACAAAAAAUAAGAGAUUUCUUAUAUACUUUAGUGCAGUCAAAAUUGCCCUGUGAGGAAGAUGUGAAUACAUCCAAUUUGGUAUUAGAAAUCUGGGAUAAGAAAAUAUUUCAAGAUAAUUUGUCUAUUAAUAAAAAGAAUAAUAUUAUAUCAUUAUCCAAUAAUCAUAGUAUAGAAAGCAGCAAUGUUACAUGUGAUUUACUAUUUGAUACCCAACCAAAGUUAACAAAUGAUUUUGAUAUACCUACUUAUGGAAAGAAAUAUAAAAGUACAUUUGAGGAACCAGAUUCUGAAAUGUUGAAAGAUCCAGCACCGAAAAUGAGUUGUUUUAAUUGUGAAGGUAAUCACAAUCUGCGAGAUUGUCAGUUGCCUAGAAAUCAAGCGAGUAUUAAUAAAAAUCGUAAAGAUUUUGCUGUAAAACAUAUGAGAUCAGGAGUCCGUUACCAUUUAAAUGAAGAACAAAAAUUUAGUCAUAUAAUUCCUGGUCAAUUAAGUCAAAAGCUACGUGCAGCCCUAGGAUUAAAAGAUAAUGAAUUACCUAAGCAUAUAUACAGAAUGAGAUCACUUGGCUAUCCUCCUGGAUGGUUAGAAGAAGUGUGUUUACAACCUUCUGGAUUAUCAUUAUUUAAUUCUGAUGGGAUAGCAGAAAUUGAAACACAUGACGAAUCACGAGAAAUCACUAUGGAUACAAAUAGGGAUCAAUAUGAUAUAAAAAAAAUAUAUGAUUUUCCUGGCUUUAAUGUACCGCCUCCUCCUGGCACCAUUGAUGAAUGUUAUAAAUUUUAUGCACCACAAAUGCAUCCCAUGCAUAGUAAAGAAGCGAUGUUAUUAUGUCUGCAAGGUAAAGAAACAAAUGAUGGUUAUAAGCGUAAGAAAUUAAAACUAUCUACAUCAGCAAAUGUCUCGGAAAAAAUAAUAUCUUGUGAAAUGGACAUAGAAGAUGCUGAAGAAGCUUCUAUCGAAAAUGUGGUUGUUAAUGGACAUUUCGUACCACCAUUACCAAACCAAUUAACAUCAUUGUUGCCACCACCGCCGCCACCACCGUCACCACCGCCACCACCAUCACCAGGAAUAGAUGUAGUAAUGGAAGAUUUGGAUUCGCGAUCUCAAGAAUUACUUUCCUAUACGGAUGACACUACCUUAUGCAGAGCAAAUUCACCAUCUUUACCCGAAUUAGAAAACAUGAAAAAACAGUUACUUGUAGAACUUGAAGAAACCAGUUCGCAAUCUAAUCCAGAUGUUUCACUUAAAAGCAAUUUCGAUAUUAUGAUUACACCGGAAAAUAACACUGAAAUUAAAUGUUCUACUUUGCAAAACUCUUUAAAUACAAGUAAAAAUUCGGUUAAGUUGGUAGAUUUAGGUACACCAAUAUUACAAAGUAUCUCUCCGUACAACAAAUUACCAUCAUCAGAAAAAUUCUCCAGAAACAUUUGUAAUGUUUUAAAUUUUGAAAAUUUGCCCGAUUCAACGGGUAAGUAUGAACAAAUGACAGAAGUAUUGCAAAAAGUCAGAAAUAUUAUGACAAAAAUUCAUCGAAUAUAAAUUUACAAUUUAUAAAAAAAUUGAGUGACAAAUGCGCAUGCACAUGUGCAUACGCACCAGAAUUUGCGAUAUUUAGUAAUGCUUAUAAAUGCAAAUGUAAAUAGAUAUCUUUAGACAUUUGUGAUUUCAAAUAGAUGUUUCCACAUAAACGUGUAUAAUUUAUAAGAAGUUUAA